CUCUUCUCCAAACCCCAGAUAUCUAUCACAACAUUGACCAAACAUGUCGAACAACAUGAGUGCCGGACAAGCCUAUGGCCAUGCUGAGGCUAAAGCCGAAAAUGUAGCCGGUGCAGCCAAGGACACCGCCAACAAAGCCCAGGACAAGGCUGCUGAUGCUGCCAAUGAGGCCGGUGAUCAGGCUCAGCUCCGCAAGGAAGAGGCCUCUAGCAUCCUCCAGCAGACCGGAGAGCAGGUGGCCAACAUGGCUCAAGGUGCUUAUGAUGGUGUCAAGAACACACUUGGCGUCGGUGAAACCCAGCAGAAGAAGUGAAGGGUCAAACUUACUUUGUUUGACAUUGCUUCACAAUAAAUGUC